GGCGUGACGUACAUCCGGCGCGUAGCUGGCGGUCCCGGGCGCUGCUGGUCUGUGUGCUCUGAGGGAGGGUCGCGCCGCCAGCCACCGCCGGAGGAGCCCCUCGGGCCGUUGUAAGCAUCAAUAAUGUCUUUCAUCUUUGAGUGGAUCUACAAUGGCUUUAGCAGUGUGCUCCAGUUCCUAGGACUCUACAAGAAAUCUGGAAAACUUGUAUUCUUGGGUUUGGACAAUGCAGGGAAAACCACUCUUCUUCACAUGCUGAAAGAUGACAGACUAGGCCAGCACGUACCAACAUUACAUCCCACCUCAGAAGAACUGACAAUUGCUGGAAUGACUUUUACCACUUUUGAUCUUGGUGGACAUGAGCAAGCACGUCGGGUUUGGAAAAAUUAUCUCCCAGCGAUUAAUGGGAUAGUUUUUCUGGUGGACUGUGCGGAUCAUUCUCGACUCAUGGAAUCCAAAGUUGAGCUUAAUGCUUUAAUGACUGAUGAAACAAUAUCCAAUGUGCCAAUUCUUAUCUUGGGAAACAAAAUUGACAGGACAGAUGCAAUCAGUGAAGAAAAACUCCGUGAAAUAUUUGGGCUUUAUGGACAGACCACAGGAAAGGGAAACGUGUCUCUGAAGGAGCUGAACGCCCGCCCCAUGGAAGUGUUCAUGUGCAGCGUGCUCAAGAGGCAGGGUUACGGCGAGGGCUUCCGCUGGCUCUCCCAGUACAUUGACUGACGUUUGGACGGUGACAAUAAAGGUUGACUUCUGGACUGAUCCUGUUCACAGCUUCCCAUGGACUUUUCUAAUAGGACAAGGAAAGCUCUCCAACCAUGUCUGGCAUUGAAAAGCCAUGCAUCUCUGUCUACGCUCAUCGCCCAGUGGUGACAUGUGCUCUUCUCCACUCGUGGGAAGUAACACUGCCUGUCUGCUGGUGCAGGUCAGUGUCAGGGACUUGGGCUGGCAGGAUUUGCCAGGGAAAGCCGGGUGCCAUCAUGGAACACCCGGAAAGAAAAACACGUCUCACCACUGGUUGAUUUCAAAAGAAAGUGAUUCUAUUUUUUAAAGAAAGUGUUGUUAAUGUAAUUGGUAUCCCUUCUCUAACUUUUUGAGUUCACAAUUUACUUGGUCCAGAUUUUCUAUUCUUUUUUUUUUUUUUUUUAAACUAGUAAAUGAAAUUUAGAUACUUCAUAAAAUUAUGAACAGCGCACCGGAGGCCAGAGCUCCGCUGUGUACCUGCCUUGUUGGAGGUGGCACCUGAGCACAAGUGUGCUAGGAGAGGAUGGAGCCUUGGCCUUUCCUGGGGUGGUCUCCACGGUGGUCAGGGGAGUGAGUCCCUCGUCUGGAGUGGGAAGUGGCAUUGUUACAUUGUCAGCUUUACUUGCAGUCAGCAGUUGCAGCAGGCUUCGCUUUUAUACUGUUGUAGAGUUCCCUCUCUGUAGCACCUUCCUUUUUUCACUGUAGCUCUAAAAAGUGACUUUUGCCUCAUGAAAGAGUUAAGAACAUCUCUCAUGUAGACCCCAUGCUGAGAGUGUGUCCCCGAAGCUUUUGAACAGAUAGACAGUUCUGAACAGGACACAGGUCCAAGUCAGCAGCUUAAGGCUCUGAAUUCUGAGUAGAAGACCUUUCCAUCGGCUCUGCUCGCAACAAGUGAACCUAGGAAAGACUGUCAGUGGGCUCCAUGUGUUCCACUCCAGAAAAACCGGAGAAAACGGGAAAUGGCCUUGCUGUCUGGCUUUGUGGGCAGCUCCUGGCAACAGUGAGCACUAGUGUGAAGGAAAGCAGCAGCAGCUCUGGGAGAAUUAUGAACCUGAUUCUUAGAGCAUUUGGUUUUCUUGAUGUUAACUCUGUAUUCUACCCUUGUAGAAGAAGGUGGGAGGAGAAAGGAGGGGAUCUUGAUUCUUCCUUCCUUUAUUGCAAGGUGAGAGGUAGGUCCGAAGUGAAAAUGCUGCAGCUGCUGCGUGGUGACAGGCCCCCAGCUAGAGCGCAGGGAAGGUGGGAAGCACACUCCUGGGGGGGGAGUGAGCUCCUACUCAUUAGUUUGGAGCACUGAGCUCGUGGGACAGUGUUCUCUUCCACUGCCAGAUUCCCAAUGCAGAGGCUUGGUGAGGUAUCUUGUCUGCAAAGUGCACGCAUUACAGUGUUCAUCUACGAAUAGUUGGAGUGAGAGCUGUCCGUGUGGAAAGGUUGUCAACGCCUUACUGAAGGAAUCUAGCUGGCGGUGAAAACUAGGGUAGGUAACGGGUGUGCUUUUCAUUCCCUUUGGCUAACGGCUGUCCGUCCGUCUCUGUCCAGGCACGUGACAGGUGUGAUAGCCUCAGUGUUGGUUUCCUUAUUUGUCUUUCGCAUUUGUCCCGAAUUGCCCUGUAGCAAGCUGGAGGACUGGACUCUGCCCAGGGCGGCUCUUUGUGAAAGUGGUUUAUUCUGGCCACUGGAGAAAGAGAUUACUAAAAAGUGGCACCAGUCUGUUUCCUGCCCCACAGACACCAUCUUAACUAAGGUGGUCAGAAGAAGCUGCUGCAGUGAGCACAACUCCACCAGAGGGGCAGGGCCCUGUCCAGGGGCUCAGUGAACUGAGACUCUUCAUUCUGUUUAUCAGAGUGCACAUGUGUCCUAUUUCAGCAAGAGUAAAACUGUCAUUUACAAAAGGUCAGUCUGUAUCCUAAGCAUUUUAAUAAAAAGCUAAAAUGAA